AUGGAAAAAACUUUUAAAGCAAAACUUAAAAAAUUACAAUAUUUUAAGCUUACUUUUUUACCUGGUUUUUGUACUAAACUAUUAAAAAAAGAAUUAGUGUUUACGAAAAAAGGAAAAUUGUCUGCUUUUUUAACUAAAUUACUAGAAAAACAAAAAUUAAAGUAUAAUUAUGGGCUUAAAGAAAAUCAAAUUAAAAAAUAUUUUAAAUAUAUUAAAUUAUUAAUAUUAAAUAAUUAA